AUGACAGACCCAGAUAAUAGUCUGACUGCCAUAGAUUGGCUUCCAAAUCUCAGUAUAAGCAUGUUAACAGCUUCUAUUGAAAGUGAAUUUCCUUUUGAAAUGGACAGUUGGGACUCCGUGAGUGUGGAUGAUAAUAAAACGGAGUCAGACUGUGGGUCCACGCCCUACCAACCGGAUAGUAAACCACCUUAUAGCUAUGCGAGCUUGAUAACAUGUGCCAUACAAAGUACAUCAGAAAAGAAAAUGACGUUGAGUGAAAUUUAUCAAUGGAUCUGUGAUAACUUUCCGUAUUAUUGUGAAGCCGGGAGUGGCUGGAAGAAUUCUAUUCGUCAUAACUUAUCACUCAAUAAGUCUUUCACCAAAAUACCACGCUCUCGAGAUGAACCAGGCAAGGGAUCUUAUUGGUGUUUGUCUCAUCAGUUUGAUGACCAGGAGUGCAUGCCAUCAGCUCCAAAAAGACAAGCUGUUUUUUCAGAACAAAGUCUGGGUUACAUAUCACAAUUACAAAAAGUAUCACCUACACACGAUACAACUUUAAUUACAUCUGAAAAUACAAAUAAUAACAACAACCAUGAUAACCUGCAAUUUACAACUAAUCACUCUAAUUUAGAGGCUCAAAUUAAUCACGUUAACCAUUGUAAUAAUAAUUUACCUAACUCAAAAGCUCAUCGAAUUAGUCGUACGCGUUUACUAAGUUCUGUGUACAACGAGUAUACUAUAGAAAAUCAACAUAUUACUGACAAUAAUAACGCAACAAAUAAUAUUUCACAUCAUUUGAAUAAACCAGUUUCCCGUGGAUCAAAUAAUCAUAUAUUAUCAAAUACCAAUUGUACUAUUCCUAAACAUUGUGAUAAUUCUAAUAAUGUACAUAUGGAACAUGAUAAUCAAAACAAUAGCAAUAAAAACAGUGUUGCAUUACAUAUUGAUCAGAUAAAUGCAAUAACUAGACCAAAUGAUUAUUUGAUAACUUGUAGUCCUCAACUUAGUACCAGAUUUUCAAUGGGUUCAAAUACAUCAGACUUAUUUGAGACAGGAUCAUUAUUUCCAAAUCAUUGUACUUCUCUUACAAUGACCACUUCUGAUGAUAGCAUACUCAACAAUGAACAUGCAAUCGGUAAUGAUGAAACUUCCGUCACACGUAAUACCUCUACAAACACUACUACUUGUUCUGUUACCAGUUUUAACUCAACUAUUGAUGACCAUAUCAACAGAGAUGGCAGAUAUUAUUUGCAUAGAUUAGAUGAAUAUGAAAACGUGGUAAAUCAUACAUCUGGCAAAAUAUCUGUGCAUUCAGAUCAACAGACUAAUUCCGUAUGCUAUACAUCUAAUAAGGAAAUAAAUCUAUCAAUAGACAAUAAUAAUAGGUUGUCAAUGCCUCAACAAAUAAAUACAAGGCAGUAUAUAUCUAGCAUUUCUCCAGAUUUGUUAAUUAAAGCGUUUGACACAUCAUCAGCUAACAUAACAAGUACUACUUCUGAUACGUUAGUAGGUAUUAACAAUAGCGAUUUUCUGUAUAACUAUGAUAGUGACUUCCAAAAAAACAUAAAUAACAGUAAAAACAAUGUACAUGAAAUGUUAACGUUUGUUAAUGAAGAUAAUAAUAAUAAUAAUUCAAUUGGACCUUUACUUUCUUCAACAUCACCAUCGAUUGUUGACUUCUAUAUGAUUCAGUCAAACCAUACAGUUAAUUCACAGCAAGAACAUGUAGUCGGAGUAGUAGGAGGAGGUGAAGAUGAAGAUGAAGAGCAAUGUGAAGAUCAUUCAUUAAGAUCAAGCUUUUCAACGGGUGAAUUGGACCUUAGUGCAUCAUUUCGACAUCUAUAUCAUUCAUUAUUUGAUGGUUCUGAACUAUCAUCACAUUCAGUAAUGGAUCUUCAAAAUACACCUGAGCUAUCUAGUCAAUUUUCAUCAAAUAAACCAAAUGAAGCAUCCUUUAAAAAAAUAACGACGACAACAACAGCGACAACCAUGGCAACAACAACAAUACCUACAGGUGAUCCAACUGUUAUAACAAAUAAGGAAAAUAUAAUCGAUUAUUGUAAUUCUCACUUAUUGAACAACAAUAAUAAUAAUAUCCUAUACUUAAACAAUCGUAUGUGGGAUUCAUCAUCAGAUAACCGUCAUCAUCAUAGUAACCAGCAAUUCAUAUCAUCAUCAUCAUGUAUCUCGGACUCUUUAUCAUCUUCCUCCUCUUUGUGUCAUACAUCAUCUCCAUCAUUUUUACAUCAUUCAGCUUAUUCUCAAAAUGAUCAGAAUCGUCAACUAAUUACAUCAUCAAACAAUAUUAUAAAAGCAUCUAAUGGAUUAUUAAAUAAUUGUAGUUAUCAUAAUCAUAAUUAUAACUCAUUAAAUUUAACCUAUGUAUUACAAAAAACUUUACAAGCGGCUACAAAUUUCGAUUGGAGUAGUAUCAAUCUAGAUGAAUAUCCAGAAUUAAUAUCUAAAAUUCGUAGUGUUAGUCAAAAUCCAAACAGUCUUACUAUUGAACAAUUAAUGGAGUUGAAUUUAACACUUGAUAAAUUAUUCAAUCAUAUUCAACAGACUACACCUACUGUUAAUGAUUCUGUGACUUCUACUUCUUCAUUAUCAUCAUCUUCGACUAAUUCUUUUUCUACUUCUACACCAUUUGCCUCUGAUGUUAUGGGUGUUUUCAAUAAGUGUUCUCCAACAAAACUACAUCAUUCCGUAUUUUCAUCGGAACAAAUCAAUCCAAUUCAUGACAGGUAUUGUAAGAGAUCACAGCGAAAUGAAUGUAUAACUGAAAUCCAGCCAAAAACCUCUGAUGGGACAACGGUCACUACUGAUACUACUGUUAUUGGAACGAUAACAACAACUGCUAGCGUUGGCACUAGAAAUCUUUAUCAUCAUCUUACACAUCACCAGUUAAACCAUGUAUCAAAUUAUCCCAGAUCUGUUUGUACUAAUUUUAAUAAUAUUAAUAAUAACAAUAGUGGUACCACUACUAAUAUUACAUCGAACGAACUAACAUUGACAAGUCAUACUGAUAAUACUAUGAAUAAUAAUGAUCCUUUAUUGUCUCAUCUUAAAACUACUACUACUACUACUACCAAUACUAUUGCUAAUUAUGUAAAUACCUCCGAUAGAUUUUCAAAUAUAUACACUCAUUCCAAGAAUGUUAAUGAUAAUACGAUUGUGGAUAGUACUGGGAAUAAUAUUAUUGCUGAUACUAUUAAUCAGCCCACUACUAAUUCUACUUCUAGCACCACUUCUGCUAUUAGUCUAGUCGAUAACCAAUCACAUGAUGAGACAAUCGCCGAUCAACAAAAUCUGAUAUGGACUUCAAUGAAAUUUCACAAUGAAAUUGAUGCUCAAAAAACAUCAAUUUACACUGACAACAACUAUUCAACCUAUGAUGGACUAUUACAUAAUUCAUUUUCAAAUUCAACUUAUCAAAAUCAACUACAUACAAACAUUCAUUCAACAUCGCACUCACAAAUUCAACAGUCACAUAAUGAUAACAAUUGUGAUAAUAAUUCCCAGUCAUUAUUAUUAUUAUCAUCAAGAAAUCAUCAGCAUUCCCAUUUUGAACAGAACAGAAAGAUCAAUUCAUCAACUAACCAUCCUAUAUCAUUUUAUUUUUCACCUGUUCAAUCAGACCUUUUUACAGAUUCCACGUUGAAUACCAAUGAGAACAAUAUGAUUUAUUCAGAAUUACAAAAUAUAAGCAAUACAAAUGCUUAUAAUAAUGAUGGUAAUAAUAAUAACUCUAGAAAAUUAAUGAUGAUGAAUUCAACUGAUAAUUUAGCAGUUUCACAAAAUUUCAUCAAUCUAGUCACUGUUGUUCCACAAUCAACAGGGGAGAAGGUGACGAUAACAACAACAACACCAUUAGAAGUUUAUAAUGAAUCGUCCAGUCGAUUUUUUCAGUCACAUCAUCAUCGUCGUCAUGAUGAAUGCACUGAGCAUAAUUCUCCUCAUCAUCCUCAUCAUCACCGUAUAUUAUUUGAUAAUAAUAGUGUUAAUUCAAAGUUUAAAAUGUACAUGUCUAAUACUCCUCAUGAGGACGAUGAUGGUGUUGGUGGUGGUGAUAAUCAUUCAAUUUUAAACAACCAUAAUAAUCAUUCAAUACAGCAUGAUCAUAAUUUUGAACGCAAUGCUCAAAUUGAACAAUUUAAAGUUUCCAAUAAUAAUGAUAAUAAUAAUAAUAAUUGUCCUUUUUAUCAUUCGGACAAUUCUAAUCAAUCAAAUAUUGGACAGAAAUUUUCAUUGAAUACAACACAACAACAAUUUAUUACAAAUUCUACACAAAAUAAUACAACAGAUUUUAGAUUUCCUAUUACACAGCAUUUUACAUAUAAUAAUAUACCUUAUUGUACUUCAUCUACCACUACACUUCGUUCAUUGUCAUCGUCAUCGCCUUCAUUUUUUCCUCCUCAUUACAUUGAAUCAUCUUUAUUGAUGCAUAAUCAACAUCAAAAUAGAUUAUUGUUGUUAGACGAUCAAAGAUAUUCAGGUUUAUGUCAGUCUACUAUUACUACUGCUCUUACUACUACUACUACUACUACUACUACUACUACUACUACUACUACUACUUCUACUACUAUUAACAAUAAUACGCCAGUCAAUCAACAAUUAUCACAACAUACUGUCAUGAAUUCAUUUAGUAAUAUUCAUAGUAUGACUAAUAAUAAUAAUGAUAAUAACAAUAAUAAUGACAUUAGCUCAACUGUGAAUAAUAAUAAUAAUGGACCAUCAAAAGAAUUUACCUGGGAUACAAUUGUUUAGUCCUUUUUUAGAUUUAGAAAAGAAACAAUAAUAAUGUUGACUUAAAAUCAUUUUAUGAUCAUUACAUAUUACUGAAUUUCUUUCUUUUUUUGUCUUUUAUGAAUUCAUUAUUGUUGCGAUGGUGAUUGUUUUUCAUGUGUGUGCAUAUGUUAGUAUAUAUAUCAUCUUUGAAUAUGUCUGCUCAUCAUUUACCUGUUGUUGUGUUGAACUGAAUGUGGAACCAUUGUUCUCAACUCUUGCAAUUCUAUCCCAUUUUAAUCAUAUUUUGUUUAAAUGAUUCCAAUAAUUCAUAGUUCUAGUUUACCAGUUUACAUAUCAUCCUCUCUUUUUUUUCCUUCUUUUUAUAAAUGAUCCUUUUUUUAAAGUCAAAUUUUGCAUUUAUGAAAACUUUUCAAUGUGAUUUCUCUAAAAAAAAAACUUUCUCAUUUAUUUUACUUUUAUCCUCUACCUUUCUAUCAUCGUAGCAUUUAUAUGCUUAUUUAUUUAUUUAUUUAAAUGAUUUUUAAAUUUAUUUAUUUUUUCUUUGAUGUAAUCGGUUUUUUUUCUUUUCAAAAAAUUGAAAAAAAAGUAAAAAAAAAAAAGAUCAUGCCGACCUGCAUUCAUGCUCAGAACACUCCUAUACAUAACAUCUCGAAUAUGUAUAAACCGGGUAAAAAGAAAAAAAAAGGGAGAAUAUCUAAAACUGUUUUUUUUAUGAGUUCAAACGAAACCCCCCAAUGCAUAUCUAAAUACUUUUUUUUAAAUUCUAUUUGUUUGUCUUAUUCCGUUAAUAUUGACGUGAUAUAUUUUUUUCCUUUCAUGUGAAUCAUUCACCAGUUUUUUGUUUUGUUUUGUUUUUUUCAAUGUAAUGUACGUCACUUCAAAUGUAGAGCACAUAUGUAACAUAGGCAGUCAUAUUAUAACUGCCAAGUUUCCUUGUAUGGUUUUCUUUUCAAUUAUUUAAAAGAAAAUUGUAACAUUUUAAAUUUUAUUCAAUAUUUUUCAUUUCAAGUCUUUAUUCUAGAAACUCUUAAGGUCAGCUAUUUCAAUAUUUGUAAGUCAUCUACUUAUAAGUAGUUGAAAUGUUUCAUUUAAAUUUACUUUAGAUCUAAUUUCCUUUAGGUCUAAUUUCCUUAUAUUACGAGAUCUGAUAUUAUUGUUGGCUUUUAGAAUACAGAGGAUUAUGUGUAAUUUUUGUAAUAAUGCAUUAUUUUUUUUCUGUCCAUUGAAAUUGUUUUGUUUUGUUUUUCUCUGAAAUUUCAUAUAACAACAAAGACACCGUACAUAUCAUAAUCAUUAUUUUCAUGUUCAAUUAUUUAUUCAUUAACUUAUUGAGCAGCAAAAUUUAAUCCAUUUUGUUUUAUCCUAUUCUGCUUUUAUUUUUUUUUUAAUGUUUUCUUGAUAUACUACUAACUCUUGUUGUUACCACUACUACUACUAUUACUACUACUACUACUAUUACUACUAUUACUACUACUACUACUAAUACUACUACUACUACUAUUACUACUACUACUAUUACUACUACUACUACUACUAUUACUACUAUUACUACUACUACUAAUACUACUACUACUACUAUUACUACUACUAUUACUACUACUACUACUACUAUUACUACUACUACUAAUACUACUACUACUACUACUACUACUAUUACUACUACUAUUACUACUACUACUACUAUUACUACUACUACUACUAUUACUACUACUACUAAUACUACUACUACUAUUACUAUUACCACUAUUAUUAUUACUCACCCAAGUUCGUUUAAUAUUUCUGUUUUAAUCUAAAUAUAUUUAGAUUUUAGAAAAGCAUUUAUAAUAGAAUAAGUUAAUUUAAGAAACAUUUUGUGCUUUGUGUUUUAAGAUUUAAUGAUUGUAUAGAACUUCGUAUGAUAAAGAAAAUUUCAGUUUUACAGGAUAAAAAAAGAUUGAUUUUUUUGUUUGUUUCAUACUGUAUGUUUACUUGUGUUUUUUGUUGAAAAUAUCAAAGUAAAUUUUUGAAAAUGUUGUA